CCCGGAUGUUGCUCGCACCGGAAGAGAAGGGGCAGCUCUCCCAGCCAUCUUGUGGCAGCAUCCAGCGAGUGGGUCGCAUCAAGCCUCGUAGAAUCGGAGGUGAAUCCCGUUGAAGGGGCGCCAUCAUGCCCGGACACCUGCAAGAAGGCUUCGGCUGCGUCGUGACCAACCGGUUCGACCAGCUAUUGGACGACGAGUCCGACCCGUUCGAGAUCCUAAAAGCGGCCGAAAACAAGAAGAAGGAGGCGGCCUCSGCUGGCUCCACCAAGACCGCGGCUCAAGCCGCCAAGCAGCCGAAGAAGGAGUCUCAGAAGGACAGAAAAAACCCGCUGCUGGAUAAYAAGGAGGAGGCCCAGGCGCCGGUUCCGCUGAAGAAAGAAGGUAUCAGGCGGGUGGGCAGAAGACCAGACCAGCAGGGUCAGUCUGGAUCCCAGCACCAAGGUGGCCAAGGUGAAGGGCGACCUGGAGACAAAAGGCCAGACCGCCGGCCACCUCGUGAGCGCCGUUUUGACAAGCCUGCAGAGGAGAAGCCUGAGGGGGGCGCGGAGUUCCCCGUAGACAGGCCUUCUGCAGACAGGCCCCUGAGAGGGCGUGGUGGCGGCCGUGGGGGGCGCGGUGGAAGAGGGCGUGGCAUGGGCCGAGGAGAAGGCUUCGACUCCCGCGGAAAACGAGAAUUUGACCGACACAGCAGCAACGACAAAUCUAACCCAAAAAACGAGGAGAAGCGCAGUGGUGCUGGUCCACACAACUGGGGCAGCGUGAAGGAGGAAGUGAGCGAGGUUGAACAGACGGCUGCUCCUGAGACGACCCCAGAGGGGGAGGAAAACACACCUGCCAGCUCCGAGAACAAAGAAAACGAGGUGGAAGAGGUGAAAAACGAAGGCCCCAAAGAGAUGACCCUGGACGAGUGGAAGGCCAUGCAGGACAAGGAGCGCACCAAGGUGGAGUUCAACAUCCGCAAGCCCAACGAGGGCGCCGACAGCCAGUGGAAGAAAGGAUACGUGCUGCACAAGUCCAAGAGCGAAGACAGGCCUGUUGGUGCUUUGAUUGAAGGCUCAGAGACGGAACCAGAGGCUCACGCCGUUUACCACAAGCAGCCCGCCACUGACGAGUCCGGUGACCACCAUUUCCGCAAACCAGCCAACGACAUCACAUCUCAGCUGGAGAUCAACUUCGGAGACCUGGGCCGUCCCGGCCGCGGGCGUGGGGGCCCUCGUGGGGGCAGGGGAGGCCGCGGAGGGGGAGGCAGCCGGACGGCACGCGGGGGAGGACGAUCUGAAAAGGCGGGUGGAGCGUCGGUCCCUAACGUGGACGAUCCCGAGGCCUUCCCAGCCUUGGCCUAAAAGCUCCGUGUCUCACCACCAGCCCGACCCAUCUGCCCUUCCGGGCCCCUCCUCUACGAGGCUUGCAUGCUUACCACAUCUUCAAGUAUAUAAGAAAAAAAACAAAAAACAAAGAUUAAAAAAAAACAACAUAAAAACAUGGCAGACUUGUCAUCCCAUACCACUCACAACACCGGAGGACUAAAGUUUUAUCAGUUUUAAAGAGCAAAAACGAAAAAAAAAAAAAAUGGAAAAGGACCUCUUGUUACACUGAAGUUUUGUAUCUAGGAACAUGAAAGCAGGGAUGUUUUCUUUUAUCUUUUUAUUUUCCCAGAGAUUAUACAUACUUUAAUAUUUUUUGUGCAGCUUGAAUUUGAUGUAUUUCUGCAGUUGGAAUAAAGUGUGUGCAUCUCUCUUGUUUUUUUUUCCUGAUGACUUCAGUUAAGUUGUGUGAAGUCAUCUGUAGAAGAGUUUGUAGUGGGGGUCCCCCCGUCCCUCAGUAACACACACUGAUGUGGUAGCGUUACACUACAGGAGAACCUUGUAUUAGAUGUGUGAAGUACAGCAUAAUGUGCYUUGAGGUGUAAUUAUUUGGUCCUGACUGUCGACGGCUGAGUCGGGACAACAACCAGCAGAUUGACUUGGUGUGCAGUGAAACUUGACCUUUUUAAAUACAAAUAAAGUGGACCAGUGGUUAGUAAUGCUUUGUGCUCCCUGUUUCUGGGCUGUCCCAGUCUUUGUUAGGCUGGUCCUCUAAGGAAAUAGCUGUUUUUUAUUUUUAUUUUAUUUUUUUGUACCCUCUGGUCUCGGAGCGCCGCCCUGCAGGAUUUACCACACCUCCCUGCUUCAAACCUCCCAGGCUUCUGCAGAACAUGAAGACCUGCAGAUGAGCAGAGAAACAGUUAAAACCUGCAGGACGGCGGUCCUGAAGGAUCAGGAUUGAGGACCACCGGUUGGGACCGAACCGUUCUGGUUUGAAGUAGUUCUUGCCUUUUUUGGGGAAUCGAUGGUUUAAAUGUAGCGAAGAACGGUGAAAGGACCAGGAACAUGUAUAUCUGGCUCCUUCAGUGUCUGUACUCAAAGUACUUUAAUCAGCCACAGUCCCCAGAAGAUUUACUUUGUUGUUGUUUUAAAUAUAUAUUUUUUAAAGCGUCUGUGCAGAAGCACUGAUCAAGUUAAAUGUUUUUGUGGAACAAUCACUGGGCCACAGAAUGUAAGUUAAAGGUGCUUUAAGCCACCUGCCUCAGUGUUUCCAGUGAGACGACGCUUUUAUUAAAGCAGGUAGAUCUCAUUGGGGGGUGGGGGUGUUGAUAAACGAUUGAAUUUAAAGCUUUACAUGUUUUACUCACUUGAAAUGCACUGAAGCAGAUGGCUGGAGCGGUUUUCCUCGUAGGACUGAGCCACAUGAAAAUGAAAGUUUCUCUGCAAACAUCCCUGUUCUAAUAAAAUGCUUUAGAGGUGUUACA